AUGAUCUUUGUCAUUAAUCAAACACUUAAAGCUUGUAUUGAAUUAGGUGAUAUAAAACGAGGAUCAUUUAUUUAUCAACAUUUAUCAUCUCAAUCAAAACAAAAUCAUUUUAUUCAAACAAAUCUCAUUCGUCUCUUUAUGAAAUCUGGUGUUAUAAAUAAAGCAAAAGAAAUCUUUAAUAAAAGUCAAAAUAAAACUCUUUUUAUGUACAAUACAAUGAUCAAUGGUUAUAAUAUUUAUUCAUCUAAUUUAAUAUAA